AUGGAUACCGACAGGUCUGACGUCCGCUUGACUCGGGCGUUGCUCGCAGUCGUCCUCACCUUCCUCUUCAGCCUCAACCCUCUCAAAGUCAUCUUCUACCUCGCCAUCUUCUGCCUCCUCUAUGUGCUCCUUCUGCUGAACCCCUCGGAGAUUGGCCUCUUGAUCGCCAACAUGGAGCAAAAGGCCGCAGAGGUCCUGGCGGUCCUCAAGAACCACAACCUUGCCAUCGACACCAAGGUCGCCCAUGUUACCAGCAUCAAAUCGGACAUCAAACAGAAGAAUGUCCCCGAAGGCGCCGUGGCGCCCAUCUUUGAGGGCCUGCGCCUCGCCAUGGCCUCGCAGCAUUCGUCCCUUCUCGGAGCCGGUUUCUCCACCCUCGGCCAUCUUCUUAAGCGCCUGUUUAUUCAGGACCAGCACCAUAUAGUCGCUCACCAAUGCCGCAUCCUCUUCCCUUUGCUCUUGGAACGUCUUGGCGACCACAAGGAUCGUGUGCGCCAGCACGCCGCCCAGGCCUUUACCGAUCUAUGGUCCGCCACCAGUGCGGAAGUCGAGCAUCAUGUGUUGGAAGUUGCCCUGGUGGGAAAGAACCCACGGGCUAAGGAGAUGAGCAUGAUUUGGCUCUGCAAUAUGACCAAGAACCACGGUCUGCUCUUUCGUUCUCAUGUACCCAGCCUCGUGGUGUGUCUGGAAGAUGCCGAUAGUGGCGUACGUGAGACGGCCAAAAAUACGGUCAUUGACCUUUUCCAGAACGCUCCUGCUCGAGCAAAAUCUGAUUUGAAAAAACAACUUGCCACUCAUAACGUGCGCAAAUCGAUUGCCAAUGCGAUCCUUACCAAUAUUGGACUCGGAUCGGCAGACCAUGACAAUGCGCCUCCGACACGCCCUGUCUCGCGUGCCGAAGGACUUCAUCGCCCGGCCUCUCGUGCCGACGGCCUCCAUCAGCGUCCCAUCUCUCGGGCCGAAGGCCUUCAUCGCCCGGCUUCUCGUGCCGAGGCUCUGCACCAGCGUCCUGUUUCUCGUGCCGAAGCACUACAUCAGCGUCCGGUGUCUGUCAUGUCAUCUCAUUCGCUCCACCCCGAUGACCUCUCGAACGAAGAGCUGGAUAUCCCCAAAUCUCGUCCUAUUGCGCUCAAACCGGAGCGCCCCCGGUCCACUGUCGUCCCUCAUAGUGACAGCAUUGACUCUCUUGCCUCAUCUGCCGCUGGUCAUGCCAUACAGGACAGUGACAACAUUGAGCCAUUGAACAUUGCAUCUACCAGAGAUAUUGACGACCUUGUCCGCGAGAUGAUGCCUUACUUUGAAGGGAGAGAAUCGGAGGAUAACUGGCUCUACCGUGAGAGGCAUGCUCUCACUCUCCGUCGACUCACCCGCGGGAAUGCACCGCACCAUUUUUCCACCCAAUAUAUUGCCGCCAUCAAGACGCUUCUUGAUGGAAUCUUCAAGGUGGUCAACUCAUUGAGAACAACCUUGUCUACGACUGGAUGUCUGCUCAUCCAAGACAUUGCCGUUACGUGCGGUCCCAAACUCGACCCUAUGGUGGAGAUUAUCGUUCAGAAUCUCAUCAAGCUCUGCGCGGGAAUGAAGAAGAUCAGCGCCCAGAACGGCAAUGACUCGUUUGUCGCCAUAAUUGAGAAUGUCACGUACAACUCGCGCAUCUUGCAACACGUCUCCAGCGCUGCCCAGGACAAGAACGUCCAACUGCGCCUCCAUGCGACAGGCUGGAUCAAGACAUUGAUUAACCGGCAAGCGCGUCACCAGAUCUCGAUCGAUCAUGCCGGCGGACUGGACGUGGUUGAAAAGUGCAUCCGAAAGAGCCUCGCUGACGCUAAUCCGGGCGUGAGAGAAGCGAUGCGUAGCACCUUUUGGGCCUUUUACAAGGUUUGGCCGGACCGGGCCAACGAAAUUCUUUCUUCUCUGGACACCAAAUCGCGGUCCUUGUUGGAGAAGGAUGCAUCGAAUCCCAAUGCCAACGCAUCAUCCUCGCUUAAAGGAUCGACCGCGUCACGAUCUGCCCCGUCGAAGAACACUUCUGCCAUUGCCAGUAGGUCGGCAUUGAAAGAUGCUAUUGCUGCACGAAAGAAGGCACACCUGAAACCCGCCGACAACUUGCCCCCGCGUCCCGAGUCUGCUCAAUCUACAUUUUCCGAAGUCAAGACUUCCGACCCUGCUCCCAAAUCGUCUACUGUCCGCACCGUCCCCACGGGGGCUCACGUCUCCUCUUUGUCUUCGGCACCCAUGAGACCGGCAAUGAAGCCCCGUCGGCCCGAGUUGAACCGCCCUGCGACGGCGGACCCGUAUGCGUCUCGUAAGACGACCGGCACCGACUCAUCAUCAUCCAAGCCCAAGACGUCUACCACCAUCGUUUCCGGCUCUCCACGUACCACUACUAGAGCUAAAACACCCUCGAAACCAUCCAGCGCUUCCCGCCCAAGGGCGGCCAAGGCGGAUGCGAUGCACCUCAGCUCGACCAAGGCCAAGCCAAAGAAAUUAGACAUCUCAAGUUUCCGAUCCCAGGAUGUCCAUGCUGUCGGGUCUCGCUCCCGCACCCACUCCAAUGCGUCUGACGACGAUCUGGCUCACGCAAAUUUGCUCGAUAGUGACGACACUCCUGGCUCGCCAGCCUCUAUCGCAUUGGAGAGUCCCACACGAUCGGUCACGCAGCGACGGAUCGCUGCUCCCCAAGUCGAGCCUAUCCCAGCUGUGGAUCUUCUGGCUGCCACUACCCAACCUCUAGAUUAUCCAGUCAUUGAAUCUUCGCCAAUGAUAGAUUCCCCCCAUCCUGUGUCUGAUAAUGACCUUUCUUCUUUUACCCCUGCAUUCGCGGUCGUGGCCGAGCCGGAGGUCGCCCCGAAACCCGACCCUGUACAGAUCUACGAAGACCCGGCAGUCCCCGCAUCACCUGAAGUUGAGAAUGACCUGAUCUCCACUGGGCCCGACCAAAGUAUUUCUUCUCCUGAACUCUCCGCUGUUGUUGCUGUUGUUCCCGAUGAACAGAAAUCGGAAAAUUGGGUCAAUGCAGACACUCUCGCACACGACCAGCCAGUGACCUCCGCUGAUGAAUCCUUGCUGGUUCCAUCAUCCACCUCCUCAUCUUCGCCACCGUCCCGCAAAAGCGGCGCAAAUGUUACCCAAACGUUGCCCUCUGUGCAGACACCUGCCAACUCGUCGAACAGCAUCGGCAACAAUCCGAUUCCACUGUCUAGCAACGUUUCUCCCUUUGACCCCUUCAAAAGCCUAUAUGACCCAGCAUUGUCGCUGACAAACACCCCCGCGACAACCAAUAACAAUGAGAACAAAAUGCCCCCGAUGGGCAAGACUCCUUUGGCCCACCGCUCGUUGGACUCGAAAUCCAAUGCCCUGGAAGAGAUCCCGACCAACGAGCCUGCUUACAGAGACAACAAGCUACCCCACCCUUUUGAAUUCAAACCACAAGUAGACAUUGAAAACCCCACUGCAGGCACUGAACAAUCCCACCGCCGCUGGAGAAAGAUCGAGAUCUCCGAGCGACGAAGGAGCAUCAGCCCUCGAUCCAAGGAUCCCGAGCAGGCGCGCCAGAUGCUGACCAAGGGCGUCCAUCGGAUCCGCAGUCAGAAUAUGGAUAUUCUUGGCUACCGCAAAAUGCAAGGUCUGGUUCAGUACCAUGACAAAAUGUUUAAAGACGAGGGAAGAUACGACGACCUGCUGUUGGCUCUCUUGGAUGAACUGGAGAGCGUUCCCGAUGAGAAGCGAAAGCCGUUAGGGCGGCCACUGGACCUCAAGACCCAGGUUCUGGUGACGAUCCGGCUCAUGUUCAAGUACAACAAUAUGUACUUUGCGGCCUACUACCCCAAGGCGAUGGUGGCGCUGGUGAACGCCCGCAAGGGAUAUGAGUCCAGCUGCCAUGUGGUGAGUGGGUUGGAUGAAACCGCGGAGGAUAUUGUUGCAAGGUGUAAGCCGAUGGAUGUGAUCACUGCUGUUCUGGAUCUGUGCGAGACCGAAGAGAGGUCCACGGAAGGAUACCGGGCGAUUACGAUGGGCAUUUUGGUGCUGAAGAAGAUCAUCUGCCGCCUGAACAAUGCGAACACCCGCCUGCCCCCCGAAGGCAUCGACCGUAUUGGCAAAUUCGCCGCAAUGUUCCUGGCUAACGACCAGCCUGAAGUUCGACGCCAGAUGAUUUACAUGUGCGUGGAAUUCCACACGAUGCUGAAGGGCGAUGAGCCCUUGUACUGGAAGGUUAUCGGGCAACCCCGGGACACCACUCGGAACCUCCUCACAUACUACCUCAACAAACCAUAA